CCGCCAAGAAGAAAGUCCCCGAGUCGGUAGUUGGUUCAGAGGAAUGAGAAAUGCGUGGUGCUCAUAACUAGAGGUGUUGUUUUGUUUUUUUUAAAACGAGUUUUACUUAUAUAUAAUAACGAUUUAAAAAAAUAAAAUAAAAAAAAGCCUUCCGUUAAAAAUCAUAUGGACAAGACAAGACCGUAAGAACAUAAUAAUUAUUUAUUUAUUUUUUUGCCUCGUCACUUGAAAUACCGUUUUAGUACUUCCGACGGUUGCUAACCAGUUAGCCAUGCUAACUAUCUAGCCUGUAUUCACAUGAAAAUAGUCAAAUAACAGGACAGGAAUAACGCAACGACUAAACUAAUAGACGCAUAUUCAUUCCGUAUCAUUUAACUCUUAAAAUUAGUAUACAUUUACUACUUGAAUCGUCGACUUUUUUGGGUUGGGGAAAAACAACCCGUUUUAAGUGAGCUAAGUUGUUAGCCACAUCACAACAUAACUACGGUGAGGACGGUCACCGGGAGCCUCCCGGUCCCCGCGUUUACAGACGGACAAUUAUGGAAGUGAAAUAACUAUAAUAUAACCAACUCCUACAUUUUAUAUUGUUCAUUAUAUAUAACAUAAAACAUGUCAGCCAGUGGUUUCUCCGACCUGCGGGAAAAGCUGACGUCCAUGACUCCUCACCGGGACAAUUACAAAAACAGAGUUACCGAUAAGGACGACAGUUACAAAAAUAGGAAAGUUAAAGUUACCGACGGAGGUAGUAGUAACGGGAACGGCCGGAAGCGGAAGCACCGAGAUUCCUCCGAGGAUGAGGUCGAGCCUGUGGAGUCCCGUGAGCAGGACUGUGAUGUCAUCGAGGGCAAGAUAAAUGAGGUGGUUGCUAACGGAGAGCGGGGCUUUACCGGGAACACACCGUCACCGCUACGGAACAAAUAUUUCUUUGGAGAGGGCUAUACAUACGGGGCCCAGCUAGAGAAGAGAGGACCUGGUCAGGAGAGAUUGUACCCUAAAGGAGAGGUGGACGACAUCCCGACCUGGGUUCACGACCUCGUCAUCACUAAACUGGUCGCCAGCGGGGUCGUACCUGAAGGUUUUGUGAACUCGGCGGUGAUCAACGACUACCAACCAGGCGGCUGCAUCGUGUCACAUGUCGACCCGCUCCACAUCUUCGCCCGGCCAAUCGUAUCCGUGUCCUUCUUCUCGGACUCGGCCCUCUGCUUCGGCUGCCGCUUCCAGUUUAAACCAAUCAGAGUGUCCGAGCCCGUCCUGGAGCUCCCUGUCAGGAGAGGAAGUGUUACUGUCCUCAGUGGCUACGCGGCUGAUGACAUCACCCACUGUAUCCGCCCCCAGGACAUCAAGGAGAGACGAGCCGUCAUCAUCCUCAGGAAGACGAGACCAGAUGCUCCCCGUGUAGACCAGAGCCCCUCCCCUAACCCCUCCCCCCCUGAGAGACACGCCCCUCUGAAGGCCAAACGCUCUCACCGCAGAGCUGACCCAGACGCUGCACACAGACCGAGGGUUCUGGAGAUGGAUAAGGAGGAGAAUCGUCACUCCUCCUCUUCGUCCCGCCUUCAUCGCCGUAGCAACAGCUCCGAGAACUACUGGAGGCGGAGCCAAGACGGCGACGUGUCACGGAAGGUCAAGAUGCGGCGUCACUGAACACCGGACUGGAUGGGCUCAGAGAGAGAGAGAGAGAGAGAGAGAGAGAGAGAGAGAGAGUGUGUGAGUGAGUGAGUGAGGGCGUUGGAUCGUCAGUCUGUUAAACCCCCCCCUCGGAUGGAUGGAACACGCCACGAGGCUGUCAGCCAAUCAGACACUGGCCUGAGGACAGGGGGCGGGGUUACAUUAAGACUGUGGGAAGUUCUGUUGUUGCUACGCUGCCACCCCCCCCCU